GUUGGGACAAAAGGUGCUCCAGUGCUACAAAAGGAGGAGUCGUUACUGUUCACACUCCAGCCUCCCCUCGCGCUCACUAGUCUGAGGCAGUAUCAUAACCACAGUUAACCCGUUAGAAGUUACGCAUCAAACGAAUGUCCUUUUCUUCAGACGAAGCAAGUUAAACAAAAUUUCUCUGAAGAAAGUUUAUGUUGAAAUGUUUCCGUAAAAGCACAAUUUGUUGAUUGUUUAAAUCGAAUUUUGUUAGAUUUCUGUGAAUUUACAUGCAGAAGUUCUCAGUGGUGUAUUCUGAGGUGAAAACUUGAAUGAAUAGCCCCAAGCGGGUUGGUUAAGUUUUGUGGCGUAUGCAAACGCGAAAGUAGACCACCCGUUUUAAUAGUAAUCAGAAACACCCAGUGAAGUCCUGGACUACCAGCAACAACUUUGCCACUUUUUGUGUAACGUGCACACACCAUCGAGCGUGAUGUAACUUUCUCUCUCGGAAUCCUUCCACCGGGAUUACCCUGUUCCUUUGUUUGCCGUGCGACUUGCACCAAGUUCGGUUACAUUUGAAGGGUUUGUUUUAGAUUCACUAUUUGAACACAAGCUGGUCCCUGUUGCAAGGCUCUAGUUUGCAAAGAAGUUUUUACUGAUUCAAAGUGAAAGUUGAUAAGUGAAAGCCAGUUAUUUGCGUUUCCGUUUGGUUUUUGGAUGUCAGCUGGCGAUUGUGUUGAUAUUUUGUUAAUUUCUGAAAGUGUUUACAAAUCUUUUGGAUUACGUCGAGCCUUCAAGCUUAUAUAAAGUAUAGGACAGCCCCCUGACGGCCGAAACGAUCAAGGAUCAACGAAGAACCAGUAAAAUUUUAAAACGACAGACAUUAUUUGCUAAUGAUAAUCGCGGCAAUUCGGCCGCCCAAAAUAAACAGAAACCGCAACAACAACAACAACAACAAAAUAAUCGUCGCAUAUCACCACGUGCCAGUCCGAAUAUCGAGUCCAAUCAUAAAGCCGUCACUGAGAACGGUACAAAGAGCAAGGGGGCCAUGCGUGAGGCUUUUCCUAGCCUCCCGUUUGGUUCCCCGGGAUUGGAAACAGCAACAGCUACAGCACUAUCACCUACACCAACACCAGCGCCUGCAACAUUGCCGAAUCCAUCGGCAAUUUCAACAUCGGCAACGACGGGGGCAUUUCGAGACAAUAAUCGCGAAAUCCACAGUACUAAAACUUCAACAAUUCACCAACAUUCAUAUCAGCAAGUUAUCUUGUAUCAAUACAGUGGGCCAAAUAUCGGUAGUGCCGCGGCAGCACCACAACAAUCACAGAUACAACAAGGACCGGUUGUCGGAAAAGGUGGAAUCGGGACCGGGACGGGGUUCGGUACAAGCACAUUUAUUGGCAGUCCACCGGUAGAUAUUACAAGAGAGGAGACAACACCUAGAAUAAUUGAACGUGAACGGGAUAGUGGCGUAUCUUUAGAUAGUUCAGACGCUUAUUUUAAGUCACCAUCUGUGGUGAGUGCCACGGCAGCUAUUCCUGUACCCUCCCAUCCGGGAGAUCUGGAGGAAUUACAGAGUGUCCUCCAUUUUCCCGAAGAAGUUGCUCUACGUUUAACAGACGCUGAGUAUCAAUUAUUUUAUCAGGUGCCUCCCGUUGAUUAUUUUAAGCAUGUGAUAUUAGAGCUUCAAAAUGAAACUGGAACAAUGCAACUACCACAGCAACAGCAGCAGCCACAACAAACAUCGAUUAAGAGCUUACAAAAGAGGUUCGAUGAGGUGGUCUUUUGGGUGUUCCAUUUAAUCUAUUCGCAGUCCGUCUAUGAGGAUCGGAAAGCAGCGUUUGCAUGUUUAUUGCGAGCCGCCCUCACCUGCUGGAACAUUGGAAAUUUUAAUGGUGCUCUGGAAAUUACAACAGGUCUUAAAUCGCCAACUUUAAAACCGUACCUGGCAGCAUUCACCGAUAAUGGUAAAAUACCAGCCUUAGAUUUUCUAUCGGCCGCGCUCGAAUCCGUUGAAUACGAGAAAGCCUUAGGACGUGCUCUCGCCAUUCCCGAAUGUCGUGUCAUACCAUGUUUCAAAGUAUUCCUCAAGGAACUCAAAGAACAAAUUUCACAAUCUCUUUCGGUUGGCAAUGUAUCCAUACCAGGUGGAGGAACGGCAAUUGUGUCAACAACAUGCACACCCUCUGUAGCGGCAACAUCAUAUUCACUUCAACGAUCACCCAAUUCGUCGACAGAUUCUUCGUCGAUAUCGUUAAUUGAUAUUGAACCUGUUGUUACGAAUCGAACAAAUAAUAAUAAUCUAGUCGAAUCCGUAAGCCGUGGAGUUCAGACCAACAUAAAACCUUCCUACAGUUUUCGCCCCGACUCCACCAGCCUAUCUCAAACGAAUAAAUGGAGUAGUAGGUUAUUGUACAUAUCUGAUUAUAAUGGUGAAGAUCAUUACUUCACAAAAUUGGGAUCAUCGGGUCUGAUCAGUCAAGAUCAGAUCUAUCGAACACAAGCUGUGAUGGAUCACAUCGAUCAAUGUCAUCAACAUCAUCAUGCCUUAAGUAAAGAGUCGUCAACUAGUCUCUUGGAUUUCCUACGUACGUCAGCCUUUAGCCCGAAACUAAUGGCCGCGACGACAACGUAUCAAACCGAAGCCGACGAACAUGAAGAGGACUACGAAGUGGAAAUAGGCAACUACAACCCGGUGCAACCUCUUUUCAAUGAUCAUGGCGUAGGAAUGAUACCAAUUUCGUCACCACAUCACAAAAUCGAUCACCAUAUCCUGCAAAUUAUGCAUCAUGGUACCACAGCAGUUAUUUGGGAACCCGAAACACCAUCGGAUCGAUCGUGCUAUAAGUUUUUUCGACUGGAGCGAUCUUGUUCCACGGUUAGCUGGCACAAACCCACCUGGGGACGGCUAAGAACUCAUCCUGAGUUCAAUUUGGCAAUCAAUCCAGAAGAAUUGGUCGCUCCCCGGCUCACUUCACGACCGCAGAUUAGUCAAAUAGAGUUUGAAUCGAUGAGUCCUACAAUUGACGAAGGGUUCUUGGAUUUAACAACUGUCAAAGAAAUCACCAUGGGUUCAAGAAAUCAUGAGUAUGAUGCCGACCUUCUGUCAGCAGGGAAGCGAUUUGGAUUGACCCAUGUGGAAUGUUGUGUAUCGAUCUUAUAUGGCACUUCGUUAAGUGAUAACCGAGUGUUAUGUUUGCUGUGUCCACCGAUGUUAUGCAGACUAUGGUUUGUCGGUCUCACCUGGAUCGUUCGUGGCAUCAAGCGCCAGCAACGGCUAGCUGAUCGAUCCAUGCUUUGGCUUAAGGAACAAUAUCUGCAGCUAUUCUACGAGGAAGCAUCUGAACCUCUGGCAGCAGACGCUAUACGAGUAUUUGGCGGACGUGAUUGGUCAAUGGCAGGUGCUAAUGCUGCGGCAGGACUAACGCAGCCAAUCGAAUCAAAUGAAACCCUAAAGCGUGAACAAUCGAUUAAAUUUAAAAAGAAACGAUCCGUAGUGAAUCUAUUGAGUCAGGCGACCAGCAUAAAUACGAGUUGUAGUCAAUCUGUUAUACCUAAUACCCAAUAUGAGGCUUUAGAUAGUGUGGAUUCGUUAGCAUCGCGAUCGACGAAAUACUUCGAUCGGCGAAAAGAACGUAACGGUUCAAGUGAUCAACUGUAUCAGCCACCACCACCGAGGAACCUGCGGGCAGGUUCCAUUACAUACGAAACUAAAUUAGACUUUCUAGAUUUUAUAGCGCUUUUCAGAUCUUUUAGUCUACUAGCACGCAAGGAUUUACGAGACCUGUUUGACCAACUGUCGGUUACUCGCAAGAGUAAAACAAAAUUAUAUUCAGAGAAAAGUCGUUCAGCCCCGGAACUGUGUUCAGUUAGAGGACAUCGAAAGAUUGGACUUCUAACCCGAAACAGUUCGUUAGAUCUUGAGCUCACCGAGGCCAAGAGUGCUCAAAAAAAGAUCUUCGACGCCAUAGCUGCUUCUAGCAUUCUAACAAAUUGUGCUGGAAUCGAUACAGCCAGUAACCAAGUCAUUACCGUGUCAACAUUAAAAAAAUUCUUAGAAUCGCGCCAAGUUGAAGUAAAGACUGACGAUGAAGUUCGAGGGAUAAUUAUGCGCCACGAACCGGAUCAAACGUUGAGACUGGAGAAUUGUCUGAGUUUCGAAGGUUUCGCUCGGUAUAUGAUGGACAAGGACAAUUAUGCGUUCGUGAAUGAGCGCGUGAUUCAAUCAUCAUCGAAUAUGGAGCGUCCAUUAUCCCAAUACUAUAUAGCUUCGUCUCACAAUACGUACCUAACCGGACAUCAACUGAAAGGCGAGAGCUCAGUAGAGCUUUAUAGUCAGGUGCUCCUCACGGGAUGCCGUUGCGUUGAGCUCGAUUGCUGGGAUGGAGAUGACGGUACACCAGUUAUUUACCAUGGACACACGUUCACCACAAAGAUCCCAUUCCGCGCGGUAGUUGAGGCUAUUAAUAAAUCCGCUUUUAUUGCCUCACCUUACCCAGUGAUCCUUUCCAUCGAAAACCAUUGUUCGAUACAACAACAAGCUCGGAUGGCUCAUAUUUUUCUCACUGUGUUUGGUGAAAAACUGGCAUCGAAAUUUCUCUUCGAUUCAGAUUAUAGCGAGGAACCCCUUCUGCCAUCUCCAUCUCAGCUGAAGCACAAAAUUCUCAUUAAGAAUAAGAAAAUUGUAGCGGACAUACCACAAACGAUCUCUACUAGUACGAAGGGUACACCGCAGAAACAUCCAAGUAGCCAGCCGGGACGAACCAGUUCUAUAAUUUCAAAUGCUAGUGGUGGAUCGGUGACAGAGGAAUUUAGUGACGACGAGGAUGAAGAUGAUGACGAAUACGAUAACAUCGACGAAAAAACCUUCAACUCCAUAUUCGGUUCUGUUGACGAGAAGCAACGACAUAGCGUUUCCAACAUGACCCCAACACGAAGACUUGAGCUAGCUGAUGAAAACAAACCGAAAAAGCGUAGCAGUCAAAUUGCUCGAGAACUAAGCGAUUUGGUCAUCUAUGUGCAAGCCAUCAAAUUUCGUGGCCUAAAUCCCAUCAGUCCGCAUAACUCGGUUAGACUACAACAACCUCCCAGCACGGCCAGUUCUAGUGGAAGUCUCGUCACUGUUGGUAGCAUUCUAAAGUCUACAUCGGGUCCACCAUCAAGUGCACCAGGAAGUUCCAUAGACUCCACGUCAGCCAGUUCUGAGCCCGAAACCCAAACUACUACACAUCGAAAAUUGCAUCAUCCCAACGUAAAUCAUCCCACUUAUCAGUGCUCAUCGAUAAACGAAGCUAGCGCAAAAAAGCUAUGCAGGAAGCACCCUUUGGCUUUAAUAGCCCACACUCAAACGCAACUUAUGCGAACGUAUCCGGCUGGUUUACGGAUCGAUUCGUCCAAUUUGAAUCCAGUGUUCUUUUGGGCUUUUGGAAUACAAAUGGUUGCCCUCAACUAUCAAACGGAUGAUCAGCAUAUGCAUAUAAACACAGCGAUGUUUGAAGAAAACGGAUGUUGUGGUUUCGUCUGCAAACCAGAGGUACUGUGGAAUCCUUCGCAUUUGAUGUACCGAAGAUUCAAUCCACUGGAGAAAGAAUUCGAUGGGCUGCAUUGUUCACAAAUAGUCAUCAACGUAGUGUCAGGCCAGUACGUCUGUCAAAGCAACCUGUUCUGCAGUACCUACGUUGAAGUCGAGAUGAUCGGCAUUCAGACCGACUGCAACAAGAAGAAAACCAAAAUUGUGAAGAAGAAUGCCCUCAAUCCUAUUUGGAAUGACACCUUCUUUUUUAAAGUUGUCUUUCAUGAUUUGGCGUUCCUUCGGUUCACAGUGUAUGAUUCGGACUCAAAUCAUGUCGCUUCCCAGCGAGUCAUUCCCCUAAAGUGCCUACGACCCGGUUACAGGCAUGUCCGGUUGCGUUCACCUCUGAAUCAACCUUUGAGCAUGGCCUCGUUGUUUGUUUAUUCCCGAGUGGAAGAGGAAGAAGCAGAUGAAUUCAUGAGCUUAAGACGCGACGAUGGAUGCAGCAGCACCGAACCAGUCGAAGGCGAGGCAAAUCCCAUAAUUUGCCAGAAUAUUCCGUUGAAAAGGAAGAUGUUCUUUUUGAUGGUAUAUGGGGUAGUGCAUGAUGAACCCUACACAAUUCUGAAAAUCACCCAAGAAAGCUCUACACAAGAAGUCAUAGCUCAAGCCCUGCAAAAGGCGGGGAAACCUUUACAGUGUGUCAAUGAUUACAUCAUUGUUGAGGAGGUAAGACGUGGUUGGGAGAAAAAGGAUCGCGAUCUACCAGCAACGCAACGAGUGUUGGAUAACAAUGAAAAGCUUCUGCAGGCUCAAGCCCUUUGGAAGGGGGAGGGCCGCUUCAUUUUGAAACGAAUUGGGGAUGAUCCAAGUAGUCGGGCAUGGUUGACCUCAAUACGGUCAGUUUCUGAACGGAGGUCUCUGUGUGCGAAUAAUGAAAAUGGAUCUUCAUCGUGGGAAGACAACGACACAUUUUUAGUCUGCAUCUAUAACGUAAGUCCCGAUAUUCCUUAUGCAAUCCUGAAAGUUCCAAUUAGCUCCACCGCCCAAGAUGUCCUAGCUCAAGCGCUAAUUAAGGCUCGACGUAUGGAAGACCCUAGCAACUUCGUCCUGGUGGAGGAACUCGAGUUCGGAAGCAGUAGUAAUUCAACGGCAAUCAACACACAACAACGAUCUCUAGCAGAUGAUGAAAACGUCUAUCAGACUCAAGCCAAUUGGAAAACCAUAGGACGCUUCAUCCUUCAGGAUCGCGCCAGUGUUACCCCAUCAAUGCGCCGACAUCGACUCGCAAUAGAUAAAAUCAGUCGCGGAUUCAGUAUCAGCCGUGCAGCCAUGCUCUCAUCUGCUGGUGUAACAGCUGGGAAACCCCCAAUACAAGUCGCCCUAAGCGACCCCACCACAUCACGAAGCUGCAAAUCACGAUCCGACGAUGCCAGCUGCCAAAUGAGCCGCGGAAUUUUUCGUGCCAAGGGAAAUUCCGAAAAAGAAACCCCAACCUGUAGUCCCAGACAACGCCAACGUGAGGUCCAUUCAGAGGGUGAAACCCUUACGGACGACGAGGAUAGAAAUGAUCUCAUGUCGACUGUGUCGCGUUUGAAGAAAAUGUCAAUGAAAAAAUUAAAAGCUUGGAAAUCCUGAGUUUUAACCAUUGUUCUGGAAUUCAACAAUAGUAGCAGUUGAGUUCUGGAAGAACUAGGAAAACAAUUCUAUUGGAAACGAAAUGACAAUGAUGUUGGUGCACCCGAUCGCGAUUCAGUCAGUUGAAGCAUGAAAAUCGAGAAAUCGAUAGUGCGAUCUCUGGCUUCGCCCACCGUGGUUAUAAACGAUCGAUUGUUUUAUUAGAGUAUGUUAGAUUAUGUCGGAGUAUUUUCGCUUGGAAAUGAUUUUUCAAUAUAGUACCGGAACCAUUUCGACCAAAUUGCUAAUCAUAGGAAUUCAGAUUUAACGAAGAGCAGAUGUUGUUUUGGAAUUUUUGAGAGUAUGAUCAGGAGAUUUUAGAGAAUUUCCGAAGUAGAACAAAACCGUACCUUCAUCAGUUAAACGAACGAGGGACUCUACCCAAACGUAGAGCAACCUCCUCCAAUAGUGCUUGGAACUUUUGUACGAAAUGUUUUGCUAGACCUUUCCCUCUCAUGUUGUAAAAACAUGAAUGCGGAAUCUAACUAGAAAAAAAAAAUAUUGCAACAAAAAUAAUUUGCCAAUUGACUGAAAUACACAUUUGAAUUUUGACGACCCACAUUGCAAAGUAAAUUCCACCGCCAAACGAACAAAAUGGCCAUUUUAAAAAAAAUUGUUAGAACUGGUGGUUUCGAAUAGUAAUCCACAAACUGUAACCGGUCUGCGCAAAUUUGAGCAGAAUGAUUGCAAAGCCAGUGUUUUUUUUUUUAACUUUUAUAGUCACAUGAUGGCUGUCAGGUUCAAGUUUAGGACCUCUAUGUGUCCCUUAGGACCAUAAAUGUUUUAAUCAAACUAACUUCACUUUUUAAUUUUGAUUCACCUUUCUGGGGAUUGUUACUACUCCUACAAGAACUUGGAGGUAACACGCCAGAAUUUUAACUAGAAAAAGAAGCCCUUCACUUCCUUAGUUAUUCGUCAUCCUAGAUAUCAAAUCUCUAGUCCUUGUCGCCUUGCAAGAUAAUUCUGCCCUCACAUUUUCGACCCAUUGCUAAAACCACUUAUGUUCUAUACUAUUAUCAUUUCCACCAGCUUGCUUUUAACGCUGACAGAUUCAUCGGUUUCUAUGUCUUUAGAGUUCUCCAAGGCGGCUAUUACAACAGAUCGUCAGGGAAACUAACCAACAGUGCCCCUUUCAAAAUGGGGAGGAAAUUAACUAACUCAAGAAAAUAACCACUAUAAGUGAAAUUUUUGAACGACAAUCUCGUUCGAAGCCAAGGGCUCAUUCGAUAUAAAGCCAUGUAAAUCUACCAGAUUACUAAAUCUACGUCUAGCCUUUAGCAUUUCGCCUGGUAUUAGAUAUUCUCCGCCUGUACACGAAUCGUGGACAUUGUUCCAGGGUGUGUAUGGAGUUUUUAUUGUUCCCCUCACAGAAUCUGCCAUAAUACCACUAUGACGAUAAAACCCUAGGUGGUAAAUUAGCCUGAAAUAAUCUGCGAGUACACCUACUAUUAUUCUAAGACAGCUCUCCUUCUUUUUCUUCAACCUUUGCCCCGUUCACAAGCGGGGUCGACAGUUCUUGAUUAAUUUUAAACAAUCCUAAAAGCGUCUUUAUUCGUAUGUUCAUAUAAGAACCCUGAAUUGUUCUAUUUUUGACAAGCUCGUCCACGAUGUCAUGGAAGCUUACUGAUCCAUAGUGCGGCUCUCUUAUUUCCUAGUUCAUUGCUAACUCAUCUGUUGUUUCUUCCCUUCCGUCCCGAUCCCAGAGUAUGCAGACAUUAUGGUAAAGACCGAACGUAUUCAGUUAAUCUAGGCAUUCCCAUAUUAAUUUGGCAUUCACUUAGUUGGAUUUGAAUACACUGAUGGUUGCUAUUUAGGCAAUUCAUUGACUAAAGCCCAGACGUCGCGAUGUUAUAUGCUCAAUUGCUCCUUUGGUAAUUGAAGUAGGAGCAUCUGCCUAUAGAUGGUUUUCACCGAAAAUAUAUUCAUGGGUUUGACAAUUUCCUUUGGCCCAAAAACUCUUGCACCUACGUCUUCCGCUGUGAAAUAUUCAUUGGUAUGCCAGGAUAUCAUUUGCCGAUUUAAGUGGUUGAUUUUUUGACUUCCUUGCUGAAAUGAAAAUUCGUUGGAAUACGAGUUUGCUGUCGAAUGACACAGAGGAAAAAAAAGAUAUCCUCUUCGUGUCAGUAUUUGGGUAUACCAUCUAGAAAAAAUGCCGAUUUUCCUUCGGUGUAAACAGCUCCAUGCUCACUGAUUGAGUACUACUGAGUUUUGUUUUCAACUUUUGAGUCUUGGCAGUUGAUACACCUCCUUGGCUGUUGUAUUGAAGCUUGUUUUACCCCUCCAAAUUACCACACCUUUAUAACCAUUGGUCAUACUAUUCCAUCAUAGCAUUUUUGAGGUGCUUUCUCUUUUGUUCACUCGUAUGGUUCAGUAAAAUACCAAACUUUUAUGACUUUCUUACGAAGUUUUCUGACGCGUGUCUUCAGGGGUAACGUUUUAUUUAGAGGUAUUCCCAAGCAGCCAGGUAGCCUUAGAACCUAUUGCAUCACCCUAAACUAAAUUGCUAUUUAUAUGUCAACCAAACCUUCCUAACAACUGCAAACUAAGAAACUGUGCGUUGGGUAACGGGGCAGAAAAGUAUUGACAGCAGAAUUCACAACUAUGAAACCAUAAGUGACCAUUGGCGAGAACCGGAGAAAACCUACAGCCAUAAUAAACUUAUAUUACAUUAUAGACAGCGAAUUAAAAUGUCUAAAAUCCUAGAACUCAAUACUUGUGAUCAAAAUUGGGACACUGCUAGACCUAAUAAUCGACCACUCUCGUCUAAGGAAGCACUUACACCCAAUGGAUUUUAUACUGUUGACCCAACGUGCAGAUUUUACAAUGAAGAGGGCGACUGUCAUAUCAGACUAUCCCGCAUGGCAUAAAUUGCCCAUUUCACUCUAGCUUACAAACACACCUUUCUCGGCAUCCACCCUGCCUAACGUCAGGAUAUUAGGCAGGAUGAUAUUCUCUUCAACUGUUAGAUGGGAUUUUAGGAGGUGUGUGCUGAGAAGUAAAUACACUCCGUUCUCGAAAUUCAAACCCACAAAAGAUACGGUUCUAUCGUUGGCUAUGACCACAGUGUACAAUCUGUUAUACAUCGUCGAUACAUUUUUGUGCCUAGCUCAAUUCUUGAUUUGUUGUCUUUCUUCGCCUGCACAGGCUGUUUCACCAGGCUACAUUCCUUGUUGAAGCUAUUAUCUUAAUUGGACCACCGGCCUCAUAUGCGGCUAUGGUAACCCCAUUGAAAUCUUCGACCAUAGUUUCCGGUUCUAUUCCGCUCCUGAUGUCGCUACCCACUUUUAUCUAAUUGCCAGCGUUACCCUCUCUUUUCCAGAAUUGCUCUUGCUGUCGAAUCAAAUUGUUUGCAUAAUCCAACUUAGAAGGCUAAUCUCACAUUCUCCAAAUUAUACUUAGUCCACACUUAACAAUAUUUCCUGGGGUUGUAUCUACCAAUGUGAAUAUGCUUCCUACAUUAUGUAUUUUUAGCCUAUUACAAUAGAAAAAUUCAAAAAGAUACUCACCUCUAAGAUUGAUAUCCUUACAUCCCCAAACUUCGUUGUCUGAAGACAUGGUAGCGCGCCUUUGUCUCGCAAUACUUCACCACUCUUCCUUCCGGCGCAGAUCGUUACCAGGUAACCAGUGAAGAAUACUUAAAGACAUAUAUGUAUACUUUAAAAUGAGUUUUAGUAUGAUGGGGCCUCUCGUUUUUCGUAAAAGGUAUUCCAAAUUACGUACCAGUGUAUCCAGGGUUCUUGAGUCAACACUAUUCCAACCUUAUUGAAGCAUCCAUUGUAUAUUUUUGAAUGGAAGAAGUUUACCUGGUUAUCUCUAUGCUAUUCACUUCCUUCAUUAAGGAUUUAAACUUUCUUUCAAAGUUAAAGUAUUAUCCACCUUCAUCCACACGGCACUCGACAGCGGCUCGCUGUCUUGUUGUUCUGAGCAUUAGAAUACAUAGACGGCUUCUCAUCCUCAAUAGGUAGCAAAUUUACUUAGUUCAAGCACUCAGACCCCUAUUGUACUAUCUCCGCCGAUCACCUAUUCAACGGCCUCUCGCCUACGGCGUUCGUAGAACUGAGAACAUUAGCCAGAGACAGAGAAUAAGCAGACUCUUCGUUGAAGAAAACCUUUCCAAAGUAUCUUCGUCUGAGAUCUGAGGAAGUCGGGCAGCUGCAUACGACGUACAGGGCCAUCUCCUCCUCCCCACUUUGGUUGUAUAUGGCCGAGACCACCACUCCGAUUUUUUCCAUUUUGUAGUUUAAUGAGCAGUGUCUCGUUAAAAGCCCUGCUGGGGUUUUCAUGUCCGACUUCUUAGGGGACAACAAAAAUGCCGCUCUAGCGUCCACGGGUUCCUUGACAAAGAUUUUCACCUGCCCCCGCAAAAGUGCAAAUUUCUGCAAAUUUACGCCAGCGUAAAUCCUCACAACUCCGCCCCCCCCCUUCAGAGUAGACUUCACAGUGGAUGGCCGGAUGCCAAAAGCUGGUUCUGACCUCACCAUUGUCGCCAGUCUCCAGUCUUCCUCACUCCCAGCGAUGUUUGGCACCCACGCCACAACUCCACAUCAACUCGCAAAUUUUAUUACUUCUAAACAAUAUCCAUAGUUUCGUGUGGAGUCCCUCAUUUUGGGUAAUCAAAAAACUUGGCUAACCUUCAGAUCUCUUCUGAGGUUCCUUGAGGAUUCUUCUAGCUUCAGAUCUUCCUUCAUAACGCAGAUAACAUUUAGUUCCUGCGCCAUUGUGACCUGCUCUCUUCCUAACCUGCGUUAUAUCAAUCUCAGACGAGUUCUUUCUUAUCUCUGACAUGUGAUAGCUAUUCUUUGUCAGUUUUGGUCUUCUGAGCAAUCCAAUAUUUGGCUUCACGCUCCUAGACAGUUUCCUCUCGUUGUAGGAUGGUUAUCACUAUUAUGCAGAUGUGAUUUCGCCUGAUGAAAGAGGAAUUUUUCUCGUUUCCAGUCAAGAUACGUAACGUUCUGCUGAAGUAUGGUCACCUCGAAUAGGAUGUAACUUAUGGUGUGGGGCGGGUGAAUAUAUGUAUCUAAAUAGUGUAGCAAGUUCAAGUUCUUAUAGAGCUGCUAUGGUGGUCAUUAAAGGGCAUAUACUGCAGUGGUGACCUUAUUUCACUACUGAAGAAGGAAAGAGUAGCAAACAUUUCCAAAAGUUGCAGCCACUACGGUUUGUCUGUAUUAGAUUUACCACUUCUCUAUGUCAUAUGCUUGGUUCGAGUAAAAUCUAGAGGUUCUCAAAUCACCUCCAAGUGGUGCAAGCCAGAGCUGAUUGCUCUCCACAAUUACUCAUAUCGGAUUAAGCGGUGAAUCUUCUUACAACAAGUGGAUUUCUUUCUGUUUUGGCGGCCAUCCAGAAAUGUUUUAUUAUUUCCACUUGGUCACAAUUUGAGUUGGGAGAGCAGCGUCAUGAACUCAGAUCCAUUGAAUUUAAGAGUAUCUUUUGAAUGAUAUAAACGACCCUGAAUCGACAGUUAGAUGAGUCUGAUGUAGGGAGGGAGUAGUUUUUUUUGCGAAGAGGACCUAAAACAAGUCUUUUCCAAGUAGACCUUUUUCUACCCAAGGUAAUACUUGUGAGACAACAUCUGUUAUAUAUCGUUUUAAAAAAAUCCUAUUGGGGUAUAGCACAUUGACCGCGCCAUCCCUGCAAUAUAUUUCAAUUCCCACCACGACUUUCGGAAGAGCUUGCACUGCUUCUUUAUUCCUCAAAAACACGCUGGACGUCCUAAUAUAUUCGGUUCCAACUCCAUGGCAUAACCCUCAAAGAAGUUGUUACCGUUUUUGCAUGUAUGACCUACCUACUGCUACUUUCACCGUCUAAUCAACACGUCCAAGGGUAUCUGACCUGUAUGACGUAGAAGCUGUUCAUUUGUUACAGAUCAAAGUACCAUGAUGAGAUAAUCCAAAACUGAAUUGAUGAAAGCUUAGAGCUCCCUGUUAUGCCAUGCUUGAAAUGAAUGAAAAUUGCCACCAUUAAUACGCUCGUUUCAGAAUAAUUACGUAUAUUUGACGACUUCAAAAGCAACCGGGAUGAAUAAGUCCUCCGCAGGACAUUAAUGCUGGUCCUCUUCAGUAGACACCAUUCAGUAAUUUCUUUUCUAUCAUUCUACAUUUAGCCGGAAGAUCUGCUUCUUCAUAACUCUCUAAUACUUCCAGCAUUUUCCCUCCCCCCGUAAAUUUUCUUUAUUUCUAUCUAUCACCUUGCUUUUGUUGUAUACUCUCGUGUUUCUGAAUUUGAAAAUAAAAAAGUCUAAUUUCUUCCUUUUUGUUUAACUUAAAUAUUUUUCCGGAAAUCCGCAUAUUCCUCACUGCUAGCAUUCGUCUCUUGAUAAAUUUGAAUAGCUGACAAUUUACGUUGCCUUCGUUCAUGUUGGGAAAUGUCUAUUUCUGGGUUUUGUAAAUUUCCAUACUUUCGGGUACGUCUAAUUUGUAUUGCUUAUCUGUUUGAAUAAUUGUAUGUCCUUCUUGCAAGUGGUGCGGUUCGCCAAGAUUAUGUGGUUAAUCUGAAAUCGGUUAAUCCGCUAACUCAGCAUCCUUCUCCGAAACUUAUUUCCACAUUCUCUCCCAUCUGUCUGUUCCACUGGGCACACCAAAUUUCAUAUAUUCUAAAUGUGGGGUUGAUCUAUUAGGUUCUUAAAUAAUCCCCAAAGAGUUUUUAACUGAUUGCUCUUGCUGCUGAAGAGGACCUCCAAACCAUGCUCACCAGCUUUCGUUUCAACGAAAGAGAGAUUUGAUUGAAUUCCAAUGCUAUUCUCCUGGGCUGUUAAUCAGGAGUAAGCUUGCUGAGCACUUGCAGUAGAAGAGGCUUCUUACAUUUGUUGAUCAAACUGUGGAUAGACUGGUUUUGGUAUCCUUUCAGUCUGGUGACAUACAAAAUGUGUCUAAUUUCUUUCACUGCGCCUUCCGAGAAUUUAGGAAUAGCCAAUAUUCGCUGGACCAUGUAGGUGCAAAAGCAAUUUCGUGCUGAUGAACGUGGUCCGAAAUGAUGUGGUAUCUACCGUUUUCCUGUAGAUCUCCAAAUCUAAUGUCAGUUUAACAUAUUCUCGUCUUUUACGAUGAUGGAACAGAUAAUAUCUACACGCCUCUACCAAAAUCAAACCAGCUGAAGUUAAGUCUAUUUCCAAUGGAGAUUUCGCUAAUGAACGGAAAAAGAGAGUGUUGCCCCUUGAGGCUUCUACCAGCUGCUUAUUAUUCUUGCCCCUGAAGAUGGAAUACUUUUCUUCUUUUCGAAUCCUAGCUCUGGGAAAUGCAGCAAGUAGUUACUGGAAUAUGGAUAUUUGUCGAAAGAAAAACUUUUUUUUGUUUUCGAAUAAAUAUUUAUUAUUUAAUUCCAGUCAUACAUCGGAAGCUUCGAAUAUAUUCCAAUUCUCAAAUUUAGAGAAUAAUGUAUAUUAUCCCAUGUCAUUACUGCAACUUUUUAUAUUUACCUCAUCGUGGAAAGUUUGGUAGAAAUCCCACUAUUAUUGGCAAAUCACCUUUUUGAGGUCCAACGGAUCAACUCGUUUCGGCCUCUUGAACUUUCUGUGAGGCAAAAUUCUCUUAGUUAUUGUGCUGUGGUGAUUUCAGUCUGUCUAAAUGUUUCCUAGCCAAACGCUAUAUGUAUUCCACGAUUCUUCUGGCCUCCAAAUCUUUGUGUAGGUCAACUUUACGGAAAUACCAGCUGGCAUCGAAUAUAUAUCUCAGAAUUUUGAACUAGGACGCAGUAAAUUAAUAGGACUUACACACCGAUUUGUAGACGACAACUUACAAUUUAGAAAGAGUAUUUUGCAGUGCAUUCAUUGACUUACUAAUCUUUCGCCCCUAUUUUCCACUUCCAGGAGAGUCAUCUAUCGAAGUGUAUCCCCAGGUAUUUAACGUUAUUUAUUCUACCUCUGGGCAAUUUUUGGUUGGUGAACUUGAUGACUAUAGUUACUGGAGUAGAAGCUUUUCGAAUAUUUUUGAUACUGAAGGAAGGCUUACCAGUCUGUACCGGUCACUUUCUCCAAGUUUUGGAAUCAUUGUCACAAUUGCAUUCUUCCAAAUUUGAGAGAUUCCCAAGAUUCCAUUGAAAAUAUAGCACAACAGCUUGAGGACUUUACUGGGAACUGUUUCAGGAUGAAGAAAGUGAAGCUUGGAGCCUUUCUUUAAUGAUACUUUCAGCUUGUUUUAACGAUGUUUCCAGGUGGCUCUGGUUUGUGCUAAGUGGGCAUCUGGGAAGUUAAAAAGAGGUUCGAUUCGAAUACUUCAGCCAGGUAACUGUAAAUACUUUGGCUUCGUUCUCAUUACUUUUAAAACUGUGGUAGUUCUUAGUGGAUAUUCUGUGAAUGUUGUUUAUUGAUCUUUUUAACUGCUUUUCACAAUACUAGAUUCAGUAGUAAGCAGCCCGCUCAGAAACUUCUGUAUAUCAGCCAGACCAUCCUGGUCUUCUUUAACUGGCGAUUUAAGUAGUUUUGUGGUCUUCAUGAGAUUUGCUUCGCUUAACGAUUUCCUUUCUUUAUGUUCACCACUAUGUGGAUCUGUUCGUCAGCCCAGUUUAUGGAGUAUUCUAUUUUGGCUUAUUAUGUACCGUGAUAAUUACGGGAGGUUGUAGUUCGUAGACUGUUUGUGGCACUGUACAUUGACGUGGUACUCUUUUUGAAACUUCAAAUUUAAUGAUGAAAUAUUUUAUGUGAUAUGUGUGUACUAUCUUUACCUUUGGGACAGACCAGCCUUUAGCCACAAAGGGUAUGCUUCACAAUCCAAUCACCAGCAGUGACAAGUUUAUUUAGCUUAUAUAUUUUUCCGAUCUUACAAAUAAACCAAUAUCAUGCAUUUUAGCCGUUCGCAUUCCAAUAGAAAAUUUUGAUUGUAUUUAUUUUUGAUUUAAAAGGAUUUACGGCAUCAUAUAUUCGUCUAUUAUUUGUUCCAGGAUCAUGGUCCCUUGGGAAAUCCGUUUCCAUGCUAAUGGAAAUAACGAACUACUUUCCUUUAUUUAUAAUUCAUUUAUUGCACUAAUUUUUCUUUUCCAUUAUGAAUUCACACUAUAUCACAAUUCUGCUUUUUACUAUUUACUUUAUUGGAUUGGUCGGCCGGUGAACGAAACUAGAGGGUCUAUAUAUUCGUUGACAGUUCUGUCGACAAAUGUCAUAGUUGGCCGUCUGUUGGAUUUACUACGGCCAUUAAUACAGCGGCGGGGGCGAAUCCACAAUGGCGCCCAGGUUUGCGCCUCCGAUGCACCGUCAAAGUCCUAAUAGUAUUCAAGAACUGAUGCAUAUUAUUCGACUGUGUAGGAAGAAUCGAAAAUAGUUCGAGCUGCAAACUGCAGUGGUAAAUUCAUCUUGCCCUGUUGUUUUAUUGCAUCAGCAAUCACAUCGAAAUUUUCAUCCACAUAUGUAUUCGAUUAAUUUGGUAAGACUUGCAGAGCAGCGUACCUUUUAUGUCCACAGGCAACUUUCUUAUAAGCUGCGCCAAUACCAUAUUGAGAUAUGCAAGUCCACCUCCUGGUUUUCACCCUGACAUUUGAUAGCUGUAAUUCUGACAUUGGAUUUUGACUCCAUAUCUUCCAGAGUUGGCGUUUAAAUAUUCCUAUCUGAUCGUUUCCCACUUUUGAAUAUUUUAUGCGACCUCAUGUCGGUUAUUUCAGGAACGUAUGCAUACUCGUACAUUUCCCGGACUACUAGAACAAUGAUCUUGUACUUUCUGGCCUGUUGAAGCAGGUCUUUGGCAGCAUCAGAUCUUUUUAGUGAUCUAACAUUCUAAGAUUCAAGAGUGUAUUCAUUCAUUCGUUUGCACAUUCGUUUCAUUUGUAUCGAUCGUGUCCGAAGAUAGUACAACGUACAUUGCCCCGAACUCUUCUCCUUUACCUGGGCUUAGAACUGGCAUUCACAUAAUGUGGCGGAGUUAUACUUUAUUUCAGCCUUUUAGGCUGUUAGGUCAUUAAUUCCUGCCACUGAAAACUACGCCUGCAUCAUGUUUCACAAACUCCCGCUUCAGCAAAGGAAAAAUUUGAUUGAAUUCCAAUGCUAUUUUGCUUUUGGGCUGUUGAUCAAUAGCAAUUUUGCUUAGCGCUUAACGUAAAAAAGUUCUGUUACGUUUGUUGAUCAAACUGAUGAUAGUCCGAACAGUGUAUCCGUCCAGUUUGACAACUUAGAAAAUGUAUUUGGUCUCUUUCACCACGGCUUCCGAAGAUAUGGAAAAAGGCACCAUCCAGUGAAUCACGUCAUUGAAUGAGGAUGAGGACUUCGUACUAAUGGGCGUAGUCCGAAAUUCUGGAGAUAAAACGUUUGACAUCUGCUAGUUUCCUAUAAAUCUCCAAAUUUAAUGUCUUCUAUUUUACCCCAAUAAUAAGUUCUAAAAAUGGUAGUUUUUUACCUUUUCCAUCUCCAGAGUGAAUUCGAUAUUUGGAUGCAGUCUUUCAAAAAAAUUGAACCUUCUUUUCUACGCCAUCUAUUCAGAUGAUGCUGUAGAUAUCAUCAAUAUACCUGUACCAAAAUCACAGGAUCAGACUGUUCGAAGUAAACUCCACUUCCAAUUCGAUCAUGAAGAUUUCGCUAAUGAACGCAGAGGCCCCUUUAUCACCAUCAUUAUCAACCAAGCAACAACCGGUAUGCGGUCUAGACCUGCCGUAAUAAGGAAAUCCAGAUAUCCCGGUUUUACUCUAAAAUCCGCCAAUUCGAUAUUCCUAAAGCUGUCUGGCGUCCUGACAUACGCUCCAUCUAAGGCACGUCCUCUUUUCCUACCAUAAACUUUGAGCUUAUAGACUCUCCUGGUUGAAUGAUCCUCACCCAUACAAGUUAAAUGGUCCGUCCACCACAACCUAUUCAGCUGGAUUUUAUCAACAAACAAACGACUAUGGUAUCGUUCAUCCUCUUGUUGGAGAGCUAGUAUUCUUCGGAGGAUUCUUCUCUCGGACGGGACUAGAUAAGAGAAAUUUUCAAGUAUUUUAUUCUCCUAUCUUCAUCAUUCUAAGUGAACCAGUUCUAUUCGUUGCUGUUUCUCUCAUUUUCGAUGCUGACGUUGCCUUCAUAUAUUUCAUUAACCAAGCAUCCGGCGCCAAACACCAGCAGCUCGGUUAAGGUUAAAAAGAAUGUAUGUCGUCGUCUUAGAUCGUUACUGAUGGUCUAAUGGUCUCGAGAUGGAUUCAGCUGCUUUUAUCUGGCCUCACACAUUGGUCAGGGUCACCUUAGUCAGUCUUACCAAUUCAGUGGGUAUACCAAAUUCUCCUAUAGCCGAGUACCAUAGCUAUUCUAUCAUAGGUGGCCUUGAAGUCGAUGAAAAAAUGAUGAACUUGAUGGUCAUAUUCCAACGGUUUGUCGUGGCACAGAGGUCUAAUCUGUUGCGGAUUUGCUUGGAGAGAAGCCCCUUUGGUAUAAACCGCGAAAGUUCUCAGCAUAUAGGGCUAUUUGACCUUGCAAGACAGUGGAGAAUAUCUUAUAAAUGGUACUAAGCGUGAUACCGUGAUUUUUAUGUAUGGGGUAGAUAAUGCGCCUGUGCCCGACAUCAGGCAUUUAUUUGCUGUCCCACACUUUGAACAUCAGCUAAUAUAAUUGAUCGCCGAAAUAUUUAAUCAAUUCGGCUAUAAUUCCAUGGCCAUCUAGCGACUUAUGAUUCUUGUCGGUGAAUCCAAUGGUUGAUGAUGGCAUCAUUUGUCCGUCGUCUUCAGUUUAUGGCAUUUCCGAAUCACCGAUAUUCUGAUCGUUGGAACAAUUUAUGAAAGUACUCAACCCAUUGCUGCAAUAUGCCUAUAUCGUCGGAAAUCAGGUUUCCACCUUUGUUCCGAUGAGCAUCGAGGUGUAUAUGGCUUCAUCCUGUUAGCUUUUUUAUAAACCGUCCGCGAGUUCGUUUCUCCCCGGCCUCCUUUUUCUGUUUCCGAAGUCACUUCUUCGCUGCCCACAUUCUUUGAGAUUGCUGCAUUGUCCAAGAUGUACAGCAUUCUUCUGUUCCGUUUUUAGCCUACAAUCCCCGUCGAAUCAGUUGUUUUUUGUUGCAACUGGGGCCAAAUAUGUUUAUGGCGUUCUUCCUACUCUAGGAGAUCUGAUAAUUGCAGUUAUCCCUGCAUCCAAUUCCUCCUUGCACAUGUUGCAGGAAGCUUAGUUGUGGAUGACUUCAGUGAUUCAAUUUACCUGAUUUCCUGAGGGGAUUCGAGGUGAUGACAAGAUAGUGAUCCACGUCUAUGUACAUAUGUAUAACCCCUAUCGGUUCUGACAUUCAUCAAGGAUGAGAGGUGGAGGUUUGGUCAAUUUGAGUGAUGGUGGUCGCAUGUGGAGAGACCCACGUUUGUUUGUGGAUCUCUUUCCGGGCAAUCCUUAGUGACUUUGGAAAAGCUCGAUUAUUAUUAUUAAACGUCGAAAUCAAAAUCAAGUUUAAUUACUGGGGCCUAUUUUUCACUUGAUGGCUUUCAGUUUUAUAGUCAGCUCUUAGCUGUGUUUAUGUUACAAAGUUUACUAAUAUUCAGGGAAGAAGUGAACGUUUUCCAUUAGCAAACCGUGUCCAGCUUUCGUGCAACUCACGGUGAGGCUCUAUGGAUUGCCAGCGUCACUUAGUCAUUUUUUUUAAAUCUCCAUCUGACUAGUUGAAAAAAAAAUACCUUUGCACUGAAAAAUUUGAAAUGAACUUGCCUCCAAUUGGCACGACCUUUGCAGUCAAUGGUUACAGGAUUAUAAUCUCCAUUUGUAUUGAAAAAAAAAAAUUGUGCAUUAAAUUGUUUAUAAAAACCACAGAAAGAUUAUAUAAAUAAUCCACUGAAAACAUCAUAAAAUAUGCUCCUCCUCAUAUAAUUUUACAGUUGCGCUAAUCUUGAAAGUGCUCUCAAUGUAAACUAAUUUUAAAUGGAAACACAACGUCUAAUGUUAGAUCUAAAACUAUCUCGAUUUACUUUCCGACGAACUAGUUAGACAAGAUAUAUGUUAACAAGGAACUCUUUCCAUGUUUUCCCUCCGAUUUUGUACUAGUCGUAAAUAUUUUUGACUGAAGAGUAUAUUGGGCUGGCUCAAAACUUUACACCACUAACUUCCGUUCUUCUAAAAUCAAAACUAUCAAAACUUAAACAUGUAAAAAAGCAAAUACUUAUCUCCACUAACUUUUCUAAGGCUUCCUUGUUAGCUAGAAAUUAACUUUUUAGAUCUUUAAAUCAAAAUGAACCGAAACACUAGUAAUGAAUUCUGUAGUUUUAGAGUACGAUAGAUACUUGAAACAAAAUGGCUUCAAACAAUAACUCCAUAGAUACAAUAGUAAAUAAGAAUAAGCUCUUUCCUUCAGUGGCAGUAUGAGUGUAAUUCCUUAACACUAUCCAACAUGCUACAAUCCACAGAGAAUAUUUAUAAUAUCAUUUGGGUGUUGCCAAAAAUUAACAUCAACGUACAUCAGCUAUCUCUUUAAUUUCUAAAGUUUAAAACAGAAUAAAAUAUAAGUAAAGUCAAAUGUUACAAAAAAACAAGAACAAUUUUUUCAUACAUACACUGAUUAGGUUAUCAAAUUUUA